AGAUACAAAUAAAUUACAACCAAAUGAAAUGUGUAAAAAUAUACCGAAACGUCGUCCUCUGUUAGCUAGAGUACCAAAAUGUCAUCGUUGUGAGAGUAAACGACUGAGGCAAUGUACUUGAAGAAGUCGCUAUGGAGUGAGGGGAUAACGCCGAAGCCCUCGUCAGAAUCUGAACCAGAGCCGUCGCCCACCGCCGUAAGCUAUCUGGUCAACUCAUUGACCCAGCAGAGAGUGUACCGCGAGGUCAAGCUCAGGCUUCGAAGCGGCCUUCGCGAUGUUUGCGCCGAGUUCUCCUUCCUCCAUGUUCGCGGCCUCCUCAAGUUCCUUCGAUCGAUCGUCGAGUUUGAUUCCACUAUCAACCUCUUCUCUCAGACACAAUCGCUCUCCGAGCUUCAAGAUUCGGACGAUGAGAUUGUGCAGAAUUUGGAUCACAUAUUUGGCGUUGAGCCGCUGAAGAUCACGAGCCCUUCAACCGAUUUCGAGGUUUCGCUUAUGCUUAGGGUUUUAGAGGGUUGCUGCCUGCUUCGUCCGGACAGCGCGGUUUUGGCUCAUCAGCACAAGGCCAUUCAGGUUUUGAUGAAUAUAUUACCGACUCGCGGCGUGAUUGAGCAAGGAGCUUGUUUGGAUGCUUUGAUUGCUUUUAUGUUGGAUUCAUCAGCUAAUCAAAUGGUUGAAAUGUGGAGAGUUCUUGCUGCCUCUAAUUGGUCAUGUAAAUGGGAGGGAUGGGCAACCGUUGGCAACUAUACAUGAAUGAGGACAUAAGACAUCUUUUGGGCUUUGUCAUUAUUUUGGAGAGACAAGUCAUCCUCUAAUUACUACACCUACCUAUAGAAAAGUAGCUGGUCCACUCACACAUGUUCCAUACUUGACCAUUUAAGUCAAUAUCCUUGAACCAUCGCAUGGAUUUCCACUUGUAUCGUGGAAAUUUUGGUUUGUUGGUUCCUGUUGCUCUCAACUUGUAAUUUACUUUGAAACGUGAUUAAGACAAAUGACAAACGAAAGUGGAGAAUAAUCAUCUAUUUUGUGGGAGUCAUUCAUCCUUCCUCAUAUCCUCCAAAAUGACUUUUGACGGUUUGCAACUUGUUUGGAAAAUAAAUGUGAAUUUGUCUCUCAAGAGUUGAGGCGUUUUCUGUGUAUUUUAGCCUGGUCCAAAUAAUGUGAAUUACACAUUCUAACUGUUUGCAACUUGUUUGGAAAAUAAAUGUAAUUUUGUUCUAUCAAGAGUUAAGACGGUUUCCGUAUUUUUAGCUUGGUCCAAAUAACGUGAAUUACGCGCAUAUAUGUUGUUUUCUAAUUCCACAAAAACAAAAAGACUUCUAAAACGUAAACAGAACGAAACAACCAACGCAGAAUUGUGUUGAUUGUUGCAGGCUUUGUCAUUGUUUUGGAGUGACGAGUCAUCCUCUAAUUACUACACCUACCUACAAAAAAGUAGUUGGUCCACUCACACAUGU